UUCCGGAUGCAUCACUCUCUGCCAAACGAAAACAAAAUUAUGGAUGCGCACGAAUUAAUUGAGAUUUAUUUUAAACUUGGCCUUCAAUACAAAGACAUUGUUUCUGUUCUUGCACUUCGACACAGAUAUGUAAUUUCUGAGCGACAUUUAAAACGCAUUUUGAGGUCUAGACGCCUGUUUCGACGAAAAGAAUACUCAAGUAUCGAAGACGCCAUUGCAUUUAUUCAGCAUCAACUCCAAACAUCAGGCCAGCUACACGGAUACAGGUGGAUGCAUGAAAAGUGUAAAGAAAAUGGAUUACAUAUUAGAAAAGAACAUGUUCGCUUAAUUUUGAGCUCGUUAGAUCCUGGUGGAGUAGAAUUUAGGAGAGCCCGACGUCUUCAUCGACGUAACUAUUUCGCAAAAGGACCGAAUUACAUCUGGCAUUUUGAUUCAUAUGAUAAACUAAAGCCAUAUGGUAUUUGCAUAAACGGCUGUAUCGAUGGCUUUUCUAGGAAGAUUAUUUGGCUAAAUGCGUUCACAACAAGCAGUGACCCGAAGGUAAUCGGAGGAUACUACGUGGAAGCAGUGGAAAGUUUAAGUGGCUGCCCUCGGAUCGUUAGAGGCGACUGUGGAACUGAAAACGGGCACGUGCGAGACUUCCAGCGUUUCCUCAGACGCAACAUUCUGCAGGACUCCACCAUUGACAGCUACAUAGAAGGUGUAAGCACGGCCAAUCAGCGAAUAGAGAGUUGGUGGGGAUUCCUCAGGAAAGAAUGCAUGGAGUUUUUCAUCUCUUUGUUCGCUGACCUGAAGGACAAAGGGUUGUUCGACGGGGGAUUUUUGGAUAAAAAUCUAAUCCGUUUCUGUUUCUUGGGAAUUAUCCAGGAUGAAUUGGAUGAAACUGCUCGUGUGUGGGAUGCACACGUAAUAAGACCUUCAAAAAACAUCAGAGUGCCAAGUGGUAGACCCAAUGUCAUGUACUUAUUCCCAGAGCUUUACAGAACAGAGAACUGCAUGUCACCAGUGGACACAGGAGACCUACAGCUGUGCAAGACAGAAUGCACAUUUCGAUCGUCUAUACCUUGUGACAGUGAUGUCUAUGACAUUUGUAAUUCUAUCCUGAGUGAGGCACAUUUUGAGCUUCCAAAGGACUCAUAUCAAGCAAUAGACUUAUACUUGCAUCUAAGGAAUGCAAUACUGACCUUAUUGUAACCUCUGCUCAGGCUGAAAAUAGAGGGGUUGGUGGCAUUUUUUAUUUACAUGAUUUCUGAUG